UGGAGAGAGAAAGAAAGAGGAGAUAGAGAGAGAGUGAAAGAGAGGGGAUUCACAGUAGUGUAGAUCUGAGUGGCGGAUAUUGCGAUAUUUAAGUUUCAGCUUUAAAUAUAAUUUCCAUUUGACAGGAGUUUCUGAGCAUCUUUUAUUGGGUUUGCCUCGAGCCAGAGGUAGAGCAUCGAUGGAUUUGUCUUUGGUUUAGAGAGAGAAAGGCAGUGAGUGGAAGGGAGCUUCUGUCUCUUUCUUGGCAUCAGACCUAUGUCUCUUUUCCCAAUCGGCGAUGAUUAUUCAGACCCAACAAUGUCGAUACCCACCUUCUGCCUCCUCGAGUUGCAGAGAAUAGAAACCCAGACCUCCAAGUUCUUUUUUUAGAGAGAGAAACAGAUUGGUAUUGAGAUAUGGGAAGUGGUUUUUCUCUCUCUAGAAUUUCAGAGCCAGGGAUCAUGGCAACUCACCGUUGAUAGCUUCUGCAACGAGUUUUAGAGAGAGAAAGGCCGUUAUUUAGUGCUGGUCCGAGCUUAAGGGGAAGAGAGAGAGAGAGUGGGUUUUUUUCAUCUGGAUUUGCGGGAAUGGGAACAGGGUGGAAGAGAGCGAGGAACGUGGCUCUUGGUCUUAGCGUCUGCACCUCGGUUCACCAAGACCCAUCAGAAGAAGGGCAUACAGAGCGCACAUCGAGCCCGAGCCCGAGCCCAACGGUGUGCGCGAACCUGAGCCAACUCUCGAGCGGUCGGUCCAUGCCUCGGCUCCAAUCCCACCCAGUCUCGAGCCCAGGGCUCAGAUGCAGGACCUCGGCGACAAACAGCCCCAAGGCCAGGUCUACUCGAACCCCAUCAGAAAGCCCAAAGCUCGGGCCUAUGAACCCAGCGGUCGAGUCACCAAGGUUGCUCUGCAAGGCCCCUAGGAGCCCCAGGUUCGCUGAUGUCUCGAACCCAUCGAGCCCUCGUUCACCCUCUCGGUUCGCUACCCUGUUCAAGAACGGCCUCCGCCUAUCCAGAGGUGGAUGCGGGAUUUGUGUGCAGAGCAUGAAGACAGGGCAGGGGGGCACGGCCAUUUUCACUGCAGAGUGCGCACACGCCUUCCAUUUCCCCUGCAUCGCAGCCCAUGUCAAGAAACAGGGCUCCUUCGUGUGCCCUGUUUGCCAGGCCCAAUGGAAAGACGUCCCAUUGCUUACUCUCCACAAAGACUCCACCACCACGACACCCAACAGUCACCAGCCUCGGAGCCCACUUUCCACCGGCAAGCUCCAAGAGGGUCGGGCGUACGACGACGAUGAGCCACUGAUCAAGACCAGUGCUUCUCACUUCAAUCCCAUUCCGGAGGAAGACCAGGACGACGAAGGGGUUGUCGAGUUUGGGGGGUUCGUGCCUGAUCCGAAAGUGGCCUCGACCCGGUCCAGUGUAGAGGUUUCUUUGGGUUCGGAGGUGGCUCUGGUCUCCAGCCACAGGAGCCACGAGAACGUGGCGAUGGUCCUCAGAUUGAAGGCCCCUCAAGCCAGGCUGUGCGGCCGGGCGCCCAUCGACUUGGUGGCGGUGCUUGAUGUGAGCGGGAGCAUGUCGGGCGCCAAGCUCCACAUGCUAAAGCGCGCCAUGCGCUUGGUCGUGGGCUCACUUGGUCCGAGUGAUAGGCUCUCAAUCGUGGCCUUCUCCUCAUCGUCAAAGAGGCUUUUGGCCUUGAGGCGCAUGUCGGCGCAGGGGCAGCGAACCGCCCGGAGGGUGGUGGACCGGCUGGUUUGCGGGCAGGGCAGUUGUGUUGGCGAGGCCUUGCGCAAGGCUGCCCGUGUGCUGGAGGACCGGCGGGAGCGCAAUCCAGUCGCCAGCAUCAUGCUUCUCUCCGAUGGACAGAAUGAGCGCACCGCCGCCGCACCAACAACUCGGGACAGUGAGCGCGGCAGCUCUGGCACGCGUUUCGGGCAUCUUGAGAUCCCAGUCCAUGCGUUUGGGUUCGGCAACGGUGAUUUGGGGCAUAAGAAGUCGACCAUCUCAGAUGGUGCCGGGAGCACAUUUUCGUACGUGCAGGCUGAGGACGCAUUUGCGCGAUGCAUUGGUGGAUUAUUGAGCGUCGUGGUCCAGGACCUUAGGCUUGAGAUCCAUUGCAAUGCCGGUGCGGAGCUUGCCGGCGUAUACACCUGCACAGCGCGUCCCAGAAUCUUGCACCACAGCACAAGCGGCCGCACCUCCGGGUGCGCACGGCUCGGCGACCUCUACGCGCAGGAGGAGCGGGAGCUUCUCGUUGAGCUCCGGGUCCCAACGGGAUGCACACCGGUGCUCGCAAUCGGAUCACGGUUCAAAGAUCCAGUGACCCAAAACCCAAUCAAUGGCUUCGACCAAAACCUCCAAAUCCCUAGGCCUCAAGGCCUUUCGCACAAGUCAGAGAGGCUACGAAACCGGUUCAGGACAACGCGGGCCAUAGCGGAGGCCCGACACCUUUCGGAACUCGGCGAGCACACAGCAGGGCAACAGGUGUUGUUUGCGGCUCGCGCGUUGCUAGUGCAGUCGACGUCAAUAUCAGCAGACGAGCACCUGCGUGCACUCGAGGCCGAGCUGGCAGAGAUACAGUGGCGAGCAAGGCAGCACCAGAGGCGCACCGCCCGGGCCAGCGAGGGCGAGGGUGGUGCCGAGUUAGGUCUGAUGGCCGAGAGCGGAGAGGCGCUGACGCCGACCUCGGCGUGGCGCGCCGCGGAGAGGUUGGCGAAGGUGGCGAUCAUGCGCAAGUCGAUGAACCGCGUAAGCGAUUUACACGGGUUCGAAAACGCCAGAUUUUGACACAUACAACACAAAAUUUACAGACUUUUCACUCUCUCACCUCUUCCCUCCUCUCUUGUCUUCUACUUGGGUUCGAGAAGUUCAGAUUUUUACGGAUACGAUGCCAACUUUUCUCUCUCUCUCUCCAAGUUCAGAGUUUUACGGACGCGAUGCCAAAGUUUCCUCUCUCCUGAUUUUUUUUUUUUGUUGAAGUAACAGUGUCGAGUGCGCAGUCGCUAUCCUACCAAAAGUGUGUGAUCCAAAUGGAAACGGACAUGGAAAGUUACAAAAGGGGGGAAAUUGAGAAAAUGUAAGGAGAUGGGGAGUGGGUGGAUUUGGGUUUUUGGCUCGAGGGCUUCAUACUUGGUUUUAUGUGAUUUAGUGUGUAAGAGUAAGACAGAAUAACGCUCCUUGUUGGAGAGUGAGAGAAAGCGAUGAGAUGGAGGAUGGUAAUAUAUAUAUAUAUAUAAUAUAUAAAUGAUGUGUAAGAAUCACAAUAA